AUGGCAGACAUCACUGACCUCCCCAGUCCCCGGGCAAAGCGCUCGCGAGUCAAGUCCCAGAAGGUCCUCGAGAAUGAAGACACAAGACGCGCUCUGCACGCCGCCCAAGCUGCCGCCGCCGCAUACGCCCCCUCAAGCCCUGCUCCCCCAGCCCAGCCGAGGGCCAAGAAACAGAAAAAGGAAGCCGACACCUACUGCAUCUGCAAGAAAGAUACAGAAGGCCCCAUGAUUGAAUGCGAUCACUGUAACGACUGGUAUCACUUUGUCUGUAUACACAUGCACGAGGCAGAAGCAGAGCGUAUCCACAGCUAUAUUUGCCCAUUAUGUUCGGAAAGCACGACCAAGCGAACCACCUACAUCAACGAUAUCUCGACAUACGCCUCACCAUCACCACCCGCUGGCCUCAACAUUGCCCCAUCAGUAACGACAAAACGAAAGAAAAAGGCCGUCGAAUCUCCCGUCAGACCCACCCACUCCAGCCCCUCUGGUUCAUCCCACCGGCCCUCAGACAGCUCCCGCUCCCCAUCUCCCCCGGAAUCUCCCGCUCUCAAACGUCAGCGUGUCCCGUCAACCUCAAAACCGACCCCAGUCUCCGCCAAGCGCCCUUCAACUAGCCAACGCAAGACGAGUCUCGCCAAAGCCGAUACAGCGGCCCUGCCUCCUAUUCGUAUCUAUGUCCGGUCCAAGCUCUUGCCUCUUAUCCAGAACAUCUUUGAGGGGAAUAUGGAAGGUAAAGAUGUGGAGGAGUAUGUGAAUCAGGUGGAAGACGCCAUGUAUAUGCAUUUUAGGGAGGUUGUAAAGGGAAAAGAGACUGUUGGGAACCGAUACAAGACACAAUUCAGUCUUCUCAGCAACUCUAUGACCAAAGGUCUCCGCCCGUCUCUUCUCUCCUCUAUAGUAUCCAAGACCCUCUCACCUUCCGAAUUUGCACUCCUCUCCUCUGCCGACCUCGCCUCCGAUGAACAGCUCGCCGCCAUCUCUGCUGCCAAACAAGCCAUCCUGGAGCAGACUGUCAAGGGCAACAAGGUCAAAGAAGAAGAGCGCGCGGGACAAGCAAUCCGUAUAGGCCGAGAUGGGUUCGAAAAGGCCGAAGACUGGAAAGAGCGAGAAAUGCGAGAAGUCAUGCAAGUGGAAGAUCGAGAGAAGCGGAGGGAUGAAGAGGCAAAGAGGGAGAGGGAGAUGAUGGAUGUAGACAGCGAGAGGAUGGUGCAUACCGAUCUCGAUGAAAGACCCGUGUCGAUAGGCAAGAGUGAACCUACGUUAUCCUCCAGGCCAGAGGUGCUGCUCAAACGCUCUUCUUCCACCACGGCCAAGCCCGCAGCUGGCUCGCCACAGUCUGUCAGACGGACUUUUGCGUUACAGUCGGCUUGGUCUGCGGGAUCGGGGGGCGGCGAGCAUGAGCAUGCUUUCCUUGGUUCUGGUGCACAAGACCAGGGGGAGAUUGAACUUGACCUGGGUGAUAUUGCUGCUGCCGAGGUUGAUGUUGAUUACUCGGUGGGAUAUGGGCACACCGAAGAGGAGCAGGGAGAGUCGGCGCAGUUGAGUGACAUGCAGAGGUUUGAAUCAAAAACUAUCGUAUGGGGAGGAGGCCUCGUAAACCCGGCUGCCCCCUCCCCUCAAAUCCCACCUACGGUCCUUCGACUCGUCUCUCCCGCCGCCCCACACAAUCAAAUAUCCCCCUUGAUCCUCCCUCACCCCAAUAUCGAAAUCACCGGACGUGUCCCUACCAAGAACUCUCUCACGUUUCUGAGUGAUAUGCGCAUGAGUCCAGCAAAGGAGCUUGUCUGUGGAAUCUUCAGUCUGGGUGAUGAGGCUAGCGAGGAGGAGAAGGGACGAUGGGAUGAGAUGAUUGGAGAUUACCUGUCGAGAGAUCGCCACGCCAUCUACCUACCCUACGGCCAACACCCUCCUUCAGGCGCCAUCAAAGAGAUCUACAUGAUACCCCUUCGGCCUACCGACGCGUUGCCCAAUUUCACCGACCUCAUAGACGGCUUGGACGUGCCGAAGGAAGGACGGACGGGGAACGUCUUCUUAGGCGUGCUGGUGGGGAGUAGGAAACCCCCUGUGGUGGGCAGGCCUGCCGAGCAACAAGGAGUAACGCCGCCGCAUGAUCCCAGGGCGGCUGCGCGUGUAUCAUCGGCGUCUUCCUCGCACGCAACUUCCAGGCCAUCAUCCCUCCCUGCCCCUCCCCCGUCUCUCCCAUCUCGGCCUCAAGUAGAACAACCACCUCUUCCGGCUGCGGUACAGCCAAACCCAGUGGCAGCUGCCAGUCCUCUAGCCGGUAUACAGAAUGAAAAACUCCAGGCGCUCAUGGCGAGUCUGAACCCCGCCGCUCUGGCGGGACUCACACCUCCCCAACCGCCACUGUCAACGCCCGCACCAGCGCCUGUGCCGGGAGGAUCUACCCCAGACGGCCCUCAUGCUGGUUAUCCUCAGCAGAGUCAAGCAUUUGGUUUCACGCCGCCCCCGCCGCCAGCUGGCCAUGGCGCAUAUAAUGGAACACCACCAUCAUUCCCGCCUAGAGGGUAUCCUCCGCAGAAUGCGCGGGAGGGUGAACCGUAUCCUGGAUUCUCUUUCCAGCCUCCUCCUCCACAUAAUAAUGGCAGGGGCGCUGGCGGGAAUGGUGGAAAUAGGUGGGGGUAUUGA